CCGUGACGUCACGGCAUUCAUAUCGCAUUGUGCAUUGUGUUACGUUACAUUGGUGCGUUUGUACACGGCCCGAAGAUUUUACCGAAAACUAUCCCAAAUUGACCACUGAUGUAGCAGAUCAAGGUGGAAAAAUCUUCGACUGGUUCGAGAUAAGGCAAUUACGCAUUACCAAAGGGAAACACGGUGUAACUCCGCUAGUUCUUUUAAAAAUCAGUUCACCUAUAAUGGACGCAAAUGAUGAAAAUUCGUGGAAUGGAGAGGAGGAUGACUCCGAGAGACCAAUCAGGCAAGGGCCAAAAAAAGAGAAGAAAGGCAACACAUUACCAAUUUGGGGUAAUGAACGGACAAUGAACAUGAACCCACUUAUUCUUACGAACAUACAAUCGUCACAUUACUUUAAAGUUAAUCUUUAUGAGCUGAAGACUUAUCAUGAAGUUAUUGACGAAAUAUACUACAAAGUUCAGCAUAUGGAACCAUGGGAAAAAGGCAGUAGGAAAACUGCUGGUCAGACAGGCAUGUGUGGUGGUGUUCGAGGUGUGGGUGCUGGAGGCAUCGUGUCCACUGCAUACUGCCUGCUCUACAAAUUGUUUACCUUGAAGUUAACAAGAAAGCAGGUAAAUGGGCUAAUCACCCAUCAAGAUUCACCUUAUAUUCGUGGUCUUGGUUUUAUGUACAUCAGGUACACACAACCACCAGCUGACUUAUGGGACUGGUAUGAUGAGUACCUUGAGGAUGAAGAGGAAAUUGAUGUGAAAGCUGGUGGAGGACAGACUAUGACAAUUGGUUGUAUGUUAAGAAUCUUUUUAACCAAACUAGAAUGGUUCUCAACUCUCUUUCCUAGGAUUCCAGUACCUAUUCAGCAAUCCCUAGAAAAAAAAAUGUCCGAACGCUUCCCUCACAAUGCACCAAUCCGGCAACCUCCAAGAAAUGUUGGUGGACCAUCUCGUCCUGUUGAUCGGGGGGGUGAUGAUGGGUUUGGUGAGGCCGAAAAGUUUUCCAAACACCGAAGGGAUUCACCAAAUGGAGGUCCACCGUUUAGUGAUGGCAGCUCCUUCCUUAGAGACAGCUACCGUGAAAGGGAUGUAAGGCCACAAAAAGACAGAGAUGUCAGAGAUGGAGAUCGUAGCAGAGACCGCGAUAGAGACAGGGAUAGGGACCGAGAAAGAGAGAGGCACAGAGACCGGGAGCGUGAGAGAGACCGUUACAAAGGGCACGGUCAGAGCCGAGAUCGCAGCAGAAGUCGGGACAGGGAACGAGAACGGCACCAUGGACGGGACAAGGACAAAUACAGGGAACGGGACUAUAGAGAACAACACACUUCUAGAGACAGGCAUCGUUCCUCUAGCUAUAGGUGAAUACCGCUGCUGUGACAUGUUUGUGGGAUUAAAUAUGAUGUGAGCCACUGAUGUUUUAGAGCAAUGUCAUUUUUUCACUGCUCUCGUAAUCAAGUUCAAGUUCCAUUAUAUUGCACACUUUGAGUAUAAAGAAGAUAUUUUUGAGAAGAGAUAAUAAAUUAGAAGCUGGUCUAAUAUAGUAACACAUAUUUUAAUUUUAUUCAUCAAGUAGCGUUUGUUUUCACGGGUGUCUUCAAGAGAGUUGUAUUUUUCUUUCUAAAAUUCUAUUUUGAAUUAGUUUGUAUUUUCGAGCCAGUAGUUGAAAAUCCACUUAUUUUACCAAACUUCCAUUUUAAUUUCAUUGAAUAAAUUAUAUUUGAUUCAUUUUUUUUCUGCCUAAAUUGUUGUGAAGCCUCAGGGACAUUUUCAGUCUGUGUAUAAUUAUAGAGGACUUAGAGUGUGAUACAACCAUGCCAUGUUUUUAACUAUAGACUGUAAAAAAAAAGAGGCUUUUGAAAGUUGCUGUAAUAUUAGCACACAUUGGAUGUUCCUUUAUUCAGCUACAUUUUGUAAAUGUGGAUAUAUUAAAAUAUUUAUGUGAAAUGUA